AUGAAGCUUUCAGAUUUAGAGACUGACACCUCUAAUGUCCUACUUACUAGGCAUAACGCAGGACUGUCCAGGAUUUUUAGACGAGGGAUCAGGACUACUACUUUCCUCUACAAAGGUGGUGACAGUGGAUUGGAUGGGUUAGGAGGACCAGGAGUACAACUUGGAAGCCCAGAUAAGAAAAAGCGCAAGUCAAAUACACAGGGAUCUUCCUUUCCUCCUCCAUCUGAAUAUGCUCCACCGCCGAAUCCAAGCUCAGACCACCUUGUAGCGGCUAAUCCAUUUGAUGAUAACUAUAAUACUGUCUCCUAUAAACCUCUACCUUCAGGAAGUCCUUAUUUUAACCAUCCUGGUUACCCUGGUUUUGGAGGUUAUAACACUUUCAGAAUGCCACCUCACAUGCUGCCCAGAAUGUCCUCACCUUAUGGUGGUUCUUACACCCUCAGAAAUCAGCCACACCCACUUCCCCAGAACCCUGUGGGAAUGGGUUUUACUCGACCUCAUGCUUUCAACUUUGGUCCACAUGAUAACACAGGUUUUGGAAAUCAGCCAUCUUAUAACAGUGGUCAAAUGAAUCAAAAUGUCAAUAUGCCCAGUCAACACUUCAGACCAAAUCCUGGUGAGAACUUUGGUCACAUUCCUCCACAAAAUACUAGUCAAAUACCACACCCUGACAUGACAUCUAACUUUGGACCUGCAAGCAAUCCACAUUUUAAUUCUCAGUUAGAAUCAAACCAUUCUUUUGUUCCACCACCCAAGACCUACAAUCAGACAAAACCAUCAGCACAAAAGCAAGACUUCAGUCAAGGUGCAAGCAAAACUUCCAACCAGAACACCGCUACACAUCAGCAUCACCACAGAACAGAUGACAUCGUGAACCAAGGUAGUGCUGACUUAAAAAACGUUAAUCGAAACAGUGUAGUAAAUCAAGAGAGCAACCAUUCUCAUAAUGCAGAUAACACCAACAGUAGUCAUGCUAAUGGGACUCAGAGCAAGUCCCGUCAGCCUAGAGUUACAGCUGAAGGAUGCAACUCUGAAAAGAGCAGCAAAACAUCUCUCCACCUCAGUCGUCAUGGUCAUUCAUCCUCUGAGCCAGUCUAUCCAUGUGGAAUUUGUACACAUGAAGUUAAUGAUGACCAGGAUGCCAUCUUGUGUGAAGCUUCUUGUCAAAAAUGGUUUCAUCGGAUCUGUACAGGCAUGACUGAGUCUGCUUAUGGCCUCCUCACUGCAGAAGCAUCAGCAGUAUGGGGCUGUGAUACUUGCAUGGCUGAAAAGGAUGUCCAGCUGAUGCGUACUAGGGAGACUGCAGGGCCACCUGCAUUGAAUACUGAUGGAUGAUGACAUCCACUGAUGCAGUAUUGAAAUACAUACUACAGAGGUAUUGCUCUUAAUGGUAUACUUCAUUUUCUAUAGACAAUCAAGGUUGGUUUGAGUUUUUGUUUUGAAUUUUUUGCUUUUAGUCUAUCUUCACUCAUGAAAUUCCAUCUGUUUCUGUGUUCUUUGUUUUAUGCCUGUUUAUAUGAGUAUUUAAACUUUGAUCAGAAACACAGACAAUGUUUGAAGAUCAAAAAUAUGUCUGGUAUUUGUUUGAUCACAAGCAAAUUUUCCAUUAAAAAAUGAAUUACUGGAAUUAUUGAUUGCAGAACAACUGCCUCGAUGAAUACAGGCUGUUAGCUAGUGCUGAGCCUUGAUGGUACUAUAUAUUGGAAGCAUUCAUUAUUGUUAUGUUUUAUGAAUGUCCAUUACUGUUUUGCUCAUGUCAGUGCUAUCUGUCCUAUGCGUAGGAGAAAAGGUAGAGGAGGUGACGUGGAGAAAGAGGAGUACUAAUGAAUUUUAUUUUAAGAUGAGCAUCAAGGAUUUUAAUUUUUUUUCUUAUUCUGCAUCUGAAACAAUGAAUCAACAUUGCAUUUGAUUGUUUUAGUGUUUGAGAUGUUUACACUUCAAACUACAGUGCCUCCUGGCUUCUCAGCAAAUAUUUAAUAGCCAAGAACUCUAGUGAAGUCUUACAUUUCUAAAAAUUCAGUAUUUUUACAAAAUAUAUCAUAGCAUUACAUUUAAAAACACUAAAAUAACAUCAGGGUUGCAAAGUCAAGCACUCAAAAGUUAGGGAAUGCCAGAAUUAGACCUUUUCUGUGCAUAUACAGUAGGGUAUAGUGUUUAAUUUUACAUGAUCACAUGCCUCUUCCUAGGUGCCAGGGCAUCAGCUGGCAGAGCAUUAACAGCACAAGAGAGACCAUCUCCCUGCUCUCAUAUUUAGUGAGCUGGUGUGAACUGUGAUUUUUUUCAGUGUCUUGUAAUUUGGCCAACCUAGGUGAAUUUUUACAGGGUUUAGAAAAGUUGUGAUCCACUUGCCAAACUUCAAGUCCCAGCUCCAAAGUAUGAAAGUGCUAGAGCUUCUCAAUUUAAAUAAUUCUAAGAUAUAUUUUGGCAUGGGCAACACAAGAUAUUUUUCCUAAACUUGUUCUUGGAAACAGCUAAAUUGUUGAAUUUUCCUGACACCCGCCAUGAAAAUUCAACCCAAACAGUUAAAAUUUGGCAAAGUUAUAAGCAACCUAAAAUGAGGUUUUAUAAUGAAAGGUGUUGGGCAGCCUUAUAAUAGGUAGUGCUACUAGAUCGGUAUAUUAUAUUUCCCCUUAUGCAAAUAGGUUAUAAUAAUAAAUCAUUAAAACCAAACCACGCUUGUUAAACAUGACAGAUGCUAGUCAUCUUGCUUAAAGCACUACCUGAAGUUGCUCAGAUAAUGUGGUGAUAAAGAUGGUAUAAGAACCUAAGUAGAAUAGAAACUUAAAGGUCACUUUGUGAUACAUCAUCUGUUUACUAAUUUAGUAGUUUACAGGGUUCCCCCACUGAGUGUGAAUUUGUGAGGUUCUAUUGUAACUGUGCUUCUCAACAUUACUUGGAGAUGGUGCUGUCCUUUUGGUGUAUGUGUGUAGCUCCCCAUUAAUGUUAUAAGUUAUGUAUGAGCGUAAAGGGCUACAUACAGCUUGCUUACAUUAUUAAAGGACCUUCUGCGGUAUCUGGAGAAAGAUGCCCAGAGGUGGUGGUACUUUCUCACACCUUUUACAUCGCCUCACCUGGAAUCUCCUAGAGGAGUAAAGGCAAAUUUGGGCCUGUGUUUUCAACAUUACUAGUUCAAUACAAAGACUAACCUUCCGUUUUGCUAUUUUUCUUACUGGUUUGAUGACUUACAGCAAUAAUCUCUGCUAAAGUAAUGUCUUCAAGAAUUUUACCUGUGGCUUACUGCUUUAAUUCUAAUUUGUCUGUAGUAUUGAUGUAGAAAUUAAAACCAAAACCUUGUUCAGAUAGCAUAGGUUCCUGUGGGCUAGAUUCUGAUCUCUGUUGCACCAGUGCAAAUUGUGAAGCUUGUAAAGUUACCCCAGAUUUACACUGAUGUAACAGAAAUCAGAAUUCUGCUCAGCGACUAAGAAAUCUGCCAGAGGCUAAGGGACAAUGCUUUCUUUGCUAGUUUGCGAUGAUGUGAAUUAUUCAAGAUUCCUAAUACAAAUAUAAGAUUCCAGUGUUUGUCCUUAGAAGUCCACUGAACAUUUUACAAUCCAGUGCAGGAGUCAGAUACUGUGUUUAAAAUGACCAUAGAAUUUCCUGCACCUCCCCUCUCUACCAAUUCCAGUAUUUCAAAGUAGCCACAUGCUUUCUACAUUUGAUAGCAAAAUAUUUCCAUAUUAAUGUAACCAAAUGUACUCAUUGGUUAGCAUGUGGGGUGGGCAUGGGGUGAAAAUCUGUGAGUUUCCACCCAAAUGUUUAGUCCUACAAAUAAAAGGCAUUAGCAAAUGCCAUCAAAGUACCAAAAUUAAAUCGCUAUCAUAGCAUUGAUAUUGAUGUGGUCUCAGUAUUUCUGAGCUCUAUUUACAGAGAGCAGAUGCAUUUGUUUUUAGAGUAUGUUAGCUAAUAGUAUUUCAAGUAUGUAUGAAAAAAAGAACAAUCAUAUAUAUUAGUAGGGUAGUAGGAAUUUCACCUGCUUAAAAUUAGAACCAUGCUAGUUAUGGGAUUAGGAGGGUUGGGUAGUAUACCUGAUUUUUGUAAUACUCUACAUGGAACAAUUUGUAUUGAGCUAUCAUGUAAUUCUUUCAAUGUUAGUGUUUUAGGUUGUACUGGUGCUUCACACCAAAAUAUUGUAAGGAUUUUGUAAAUCUGCAAACCUGGAGUUUUAUGGAGAAUAGAGGAAGUGCAUCAAUCUCAUCUCCUUUAUAAAAUAGCUCAGAAUGCUGCUUCAUUGAAUGACUUCUCAGUAGUGUGGCUGUCCAAGUUUUAAAAUUUUUAAUCCCAGAUGAAAUAAAUACUUGGAAACUUAAUUAAAUAGUUGGUAACAGUGACAAACUUAUUUUGCCUUAGACCAGCGGUUCUCCAGACCCCAAAGGGGAUUGCAACCCUGUUUUAAUGGGGUUGCCAGGGCUGCUGUUAUACUUGCUGGGGUCCAGGGCUGAAGCCAAAGCAUGAG